GCCCGUUCCCGCCUCCAGGGCCUGGAUCGUUCCCGCCCCAGCCCUCCCUCUCUGAGCCCCUGCUGCUCCUGCUGAAGGCGGAGGCUCCAUGUUGUCCCCUCAGCGAGCGGUAGCGGCUGCCUUGGGAGGAGCAGGUGAUACCAUGGAGAGUGGAAAGCCUGGUCCAGUACAGGUUGUUUUGGUUCAGAAAGACCAGCAUUCUUUUGAGCUAGAAGAGAAAGCUUUGGCCAGCAUCCUCUUGCAGGACCGCAUCCGAGACCUUGAUGUAGUGGUGGUGUCAGUGGCUGGUGCCUUCCGAAAGGGCAAGUCCUUCCUUCUUGACUUUAUGCUACGAUACUUAUAUUUCCAGAAGGAAGGUGGCCAUUCAAACUGGUUGGGUGACCCGGAAGAACCAUUAACAGGAUUUUCAUGGAGAGGGGGCUCUGACCCAGAAACCACUGGGAUUCAGAUCUGGAGUGAAGUUUUCACUGUGGAGAAGCCAGGUGGGAAGAAGGUUGCAGUUGUUCUGAUGGAUACACAGGGGGCAUUUGACAGCCAGUCCACCGUGAAAGAUUGUGCUACCAUUUUUGCUCUCAGCACCAUGACUAGUUCUGUUCAGAUUUAUAAUUUGUCCCAGAACAUUCAGGAAGAUGAUCUGCAACAGCUGCAGCUCUUCACAGAAUAUGGUCGUCUGGCAAUGGAUGAAAUUUUCCAAAAACCCUUCCAGACCCUGAUGUUUUUGGUUCGAGACUGGAGUUUCCCUUAUGAAUACAACUAUGGAUUACAGGGAGGAUUGUCAUUUUUGGAAAAGCGUCUACAGGUGAAAGAACAUCAACAUGAAGAAAUUCAGAAUGUCCGAAACCACAUCCACUCAUGUUUCUCCACCGUCACCUGUUUUCUCCUGCCACAUCCGGGACUCCAGGUGGCCACAAGCCCUGACUUCGAUGGGAAAUUGAAAGAUAUUGCCAGUGAAUUCAAAGAUCAAUUACAGACUCUGAUACCAUUUGUAUUAAAUCCUGCUAACUUAAUGGAAAAGGAGAUCAAUGGCUCAAAAGUCACCUGCCGAGGGCUAUUGGAAUAUUUCAAGGCAUAUAUUAAAAUUUACCAAGGAGAAGAUCUGCCUCAUCCCAAAUCUAUGCUCCAGGCCACCGCUGAAGCCAACAAUUUAGCAGCUGCAGCCUCUGCCAAGGACAUUUAUUAUAACAACAUGGAAGAGGUUUGUGGGGGAGAGAAACCCUAUUUGUCUCCAGACAUUCUAGAGGAGAAGCAUUGUGAAUUCAAACACCUUGCUCUGGACCAUUUUAAGAAGACCAAGAAGAUGGGUGGGAAGGAUUUUAGCCUUCGUUACCAGCAGGAGUUGGAGGAGGAAAUCAAGGAACUCUAUGAGAACUUCUGCAAGCACAAUGGUAGCAAGAAUGUCUUCAGCACCUUCCGAACCCCCGCUGUGCUCUUCACAGUCAUCGUGGCUUUGUACAUAGCCUCCGGCAUCACUGGCUUUGUUGGGCUUGAGGUUGUGGCCCAGCUGUUCAACUGUAUGGUUGGACUGCUGUUAAUAGCGCUUCUCACCUGGGGGUACAUCAGGUAUUCUGGUCAAUAUCGUGAGCUGGGCGGAGCUAUCGAUUCUGGUGCAGCAUAUGUAUUAGAACAGGCGUCUUCUCAUAUCGGUAAUUCUACUCAGGCUGCUGUGAGGGAUGCGAUUGUUGGGAGACCACCCGUGGACAAAAAAGCUCAAUAGCAUCUUAACAAGACGACCCAGCAAGAGCACGCCCAGCCCCUCCUGAUGUCUGGGUCUCCCCAUGGCCACAGGUCCAGGUCUGGAGGAGCACAGAUCUGGGGCCAUCUGGGAAGAGCUGAAGUAUGGCAGUAAUAAAUGAAUAGACUUUUCCAGUGGUUUCAAAUUCUUCAACACACUUGCGUUUCUCUAGGAAGCAUCUCUUUUCCUUGCUGAUAUAGAUCCAAGCCUAUGCCUAUUUUCUUAUUACUCUCUGCUUCGCGCACUUUAUGGGGGAAAAAGCUAAAGGAAGAAAAUGAAUAUGCGGUUUUAAGUCCUUUAUGUGCCACUUAGUGCCUUUUAAGAUUGAUUCUGUGUUUUUGAGGACAUAAUCAGUUGAAGAUUGAGGAUAUCCUCAUGAAAGAUGCUGUUUUGGGGUGAAACUUGUCAGUUCUUUUAUACAUUACUCUUUUGGAAGGAUUCCUUUUUUUUAAAGUUUACAAAACUUUCAAAGCUUCAGAACUGAAGGCUGAAAAUGAUGCCAUUAUACUUUAAAAAUCUUGAAAUACUAGAGAUUCCUGUUUGCCACAUAGUUUGGAAAAAUGAUAUUACAUUUAAUCUACCAUACGUUUAAGUUCUUUUACCUGACAGGUUGGCAGUUUUGUCUGGCCAUACUUUUUUUUCCUGGCCUUUAUAGAAAAGAGGCAAACAUGCAUUGAAGUACGAGAGUGGCUCAUAAUGAAAGGAAUGAGCUUGAUACGUUAAGAAAGAAAUUUGAGUUGAAAUGAACCACGUGACCUCUGAUAAGUCACCUGGACUUGUGCCUUGGUCAGACCCGCUGUUUGUGGGUUUAUAUGCGCAUAUGUAUUGUACAUGGCUCACAAUUGUCAUUUGAGAGGUUUUGUUUUUGAGAGUUCUGCAUAAGAGCAGAACUUAAUAUUUAGGAUUAGAGGAAAGACAUUACCAAACAUUACUGCUCUUAAUUCAUGUCCUGUUUCAUGUGGCUUAGAUAUAAAUCAGGUCUUCAUCCAAAACGUUUAUUUGUAUUCUCCUUUGCACUAAUAUUUUUAAUAAUGAAGCUAAAAUUACCGAUUUUGCUUAGUGACUUUUCUUUAUUUAACUUUACUUGACUAGUCUGGUAGCUUUAAAAUAGCUUUGCGUCAGUAAGGACCAAAGUCCCACACAAAUAUGGACAAUAUCUAGAAUAUCUGAAAAUUCUUUUUUAUUUACUUUGUGUGAUAUAAAAACAUUUUAUCUGUUAGUUGCCUUUUCCUUUGAUUUAUAAUGAUGAGUUAUUGUUUAUCUAAAAUUUCAUAAAACUUGCCAGCAAGUAUUUACAUAAACAUUCAGGUAUGCUUAUCUUUUAGUUCUUUUUUUUUAUCUUUUAAUUCUUAAGAUAAUUAAAUGUUUGUUGUGGGUGGGAGGGAGGUAGGGAGCUUAGGUAAAAUCUGAAUGCAGAUUCUAUACACAUGAAAUGUGGAUGGAGGGUAGAAGGAAGUCUCUUAGCAUGUGAUCUUUUUUUUUUAUUAAGGAAUCAUUGACAUACAAUCUUACAAAGGUUUCAUAUGAGCAACACUGUAGUGACAACAUUCACCCAUAUUAUCAGGUUCCCCCCACACCCCAUUGCAGUCAUGUCCAUGAGUGCAGUGAGAUGCUAUAGAAUCACUACUUGUCUUCUCUGUGCUAUACUGCCUUCCCUGUGAUGCCCCCACAUUAUGUGUGCUAAUCAUAAUAGCAUGUAAUCUCUUCAUCAAAGAAUUUUCUUUUGACUACUUUAACACUUUAUCGCUCAAGUUUUUUAUAAAUCCUGAAUUAAUUCCAAGCAUUUUAUAUUUUUUCAUAUUUACAUGCCAUGUUACCCUGAAGUUCUUGCUAUUUUAUUCAAUUGCUGUCAAAUUUUAGAAAAAUUCCAGCUUGUUCUAAAAACUGUUUACUUGCAUACCAGUUAUGCUUAACUUCGACUGUUAAAUUAAAAGCUUAGUUUAAAAAUUUUGGUGCAUUUUCAGGUGACCUCUUAACUUCCUUGAAGGUUCAUAUUUAUUAGCUAAAAUCCUUACUGAUGUUGAAAUACUUAGCUUCUAAUGCAUUCUAUAAAUAUGUUUAUAGAUUUCAGAAUAAUUGUCUAGAGUGAUCCUACUGUUAAUGGUGAGAAAAGGAUGAUGUGUCUAAAACUUAUUUUAUUACUAAAGUAUUAGGUUUUUAUAAAUAAAAAUGUAAUGUGAUUUAAUGAAAUCUUAGGAUUUAGUUACUAAAUUCACCAUCUCUGUUUUGAUCUUAAGGGCAUAACUUGGUUUAAUUACCCUGGGAAAGCAUUUUUUGUUUUUAUUAACUUAUUCUGCCUCUGGAAAGUGUUUAUAAAGUUUUCUCUGUGAGGAUUCUUACAAUUUUUCUUUGGCCUCUUUCUCUUUUAACAGUAAAUUGAUAAGUUUAUGCCAGCCUUUUCAGUGAGAUGCACUCUUAUUGCUGGCCAUAAAUAGUCUUGGGCAGAUUUAUAACCAGGUUGAAAAGAAUGUCUUUUACCUCUUAACUUCCCCCAGCCUUUAAUUUGUGGGUCAGGGACAUUAGGACUUUAGACUGUGUUUGCUUAGUUUUUGUUGCUCUGCCACUCAUGGCUGGCCUAUCCAUGCAAGCAUGUUUAAUUUGCACAUUCCUAAGAGUAUAUGGGGGUACAUCCCUAUUAACAAAUAAUAGGUUUUCAAAAUUUUCUCUGACAGAAUUCAUUUCAGGAGAAGUUAAAUGUUAAGUUAAAAAGAAAAUACUUCCAGUUAGCUUCUUACAGUAAAAAUAAUAGAGUCAAAUUUUGGUUCUUUCAUGGAGAAAUCUUUCUAGAUUGUUUUGUAGACAAAAUGAGGGCCAACUAUCAUGUAUGAUGACAAAACAUCAGAGUCACACCUUAUUUUAGCAGCAUACCAGGAAAUCUGUCCCAUGGAGGUUUAUGUAUUAACACCCUAUUUGUACUUGGUAAAAUUGCCUGUGAGUAUUGUUUUUGCUUUUCUUGUUCAUUUUAUUGUACUGGAGGUAGAAUGCUUUAGGCAAACAAAUAAACUGCCUUCUACCGGCAGUGGUUUCUUUAGUAGGUCACACCAUGUUUCACCUGGUGGCUUAUAAAAAACGAUGUCUUGGGUAGGUGAGUUUGGGUGAAUAUGUAUGUAUCUAUGAGUUAACAGAGAAAUUGGGUAGGUAAAGUCUAGGCAGAGGUUAUAAAAAAACAGUUCACUUUUUCCUAGAGGUUUUUAAAAUUAUGUUACAUGUGAAAGUCUUCAUAGAAUUUUUUUCCCCCCAUAAAACUAUUGAAAUGUUAUUUAGGAUGAUUUAGGAUGGCCACCGUCUAGCCAGCAUGGCUCACAGCAUAUUGACUUACAUUCAGAUCUAACAAAUUUAGUCAAGGAAUAAGGGCAUAAUGAAGAGAAGCUUCAGUUAUGGAAGUACAAACUAAGAGAUUUAAAAAAUGACAUUAAGAAGCCCAUUGUAAGAGACCAUUCCCAAUUGAAUACUUUUCCUUCUGUGAAAUCAUAUUGUACCUAUGUUUGGGUGUAGUUCUUUCUCAUUGCCCUUGGAGUGUGUAAGACUUGUGUGGGAUGCUUGUUUUAAAAAAUGCAAAUUCCCAGCUUUACAACCAGGGGUUGCCUCAGUGUGUCUGGAAUAACCACUUUUAUUAACAGUAUUGCAGGUGGUUCAGAGACCAGGGAGAGAGACUACUUUGAGGAAUGGUAAAGUGCAAUUCAGUAUUGUCUGGAAGCAAGCCUUUUACCUAGACCUCAGAAUAGGUGGUCUACUGCCGGGUACAAUCACUGAGAAUUUACAGUAUUCAGAAUAAUAGGAUGCCUUUAAUCUAGAGGAUCAUCUAAAUUCCUUAAAGAAGCUGUUCUUCUAAAUUAGAAUGUCAUAGUGCCUUCUCUAAAAAUGAAUGUACAAGUACCUUAUUUACUAACAGGUGUAGUUAGGAUUUUUUAAAACCCUAUUUUGAAAGUUUUUUUUUUUUUUAAGAAACAAAAUUCAACACUGACUUGAGCCUGUUAAGUUUUUUGGGCACAGCAAACCUUAAGCCAUAAGUAAAAAUAACGAACAAAAAGGAAGGAGAGGAUCAUAACUUUGAAAAUGAGCAAAAAAGGUAUCCCAUAUCAGGAACUUUUCAAAGAUAUUUUUCUCCCUUGGGAAAGAAUUUCACAUGUCAGAACUAACAUUUAAAUAGUGCUUUUAUGACCAAGGAAAGGUUCCAUCUAAUCCCCAACACUUUCCAGUUUAGAUAAAUAAAUGCUUUCAUGGACUUAAGCCUUAAAGGAUUCAUAUUAACCUUGAGCAUAGACAGAUUUUCUUCUCAGAUUUUUUUUCUUAAAAAAAAGAAAAAAAUGGUUAAAAGUACUUUGUUUUUUCCUAGACCGUUGCCUUUGAAUGGCUUAAAAUUUAAUGUACUUUUUAAAAAGUGCAAUGGGAUGAGAUGCUUUUAGUUUAUUAAAAGCAUGUUUCUGUUUCUGAGUUGUAAGGUCAUUUAAUGGAAUAAAGAUCACAGCACCAUG